AUGCAGCACGCCGGCAGCACUGAUGCAACAACUGUGCAGCAUUCAUGCAAUACUUGUGCGCCUCUGACGCAGCAGGCGAGCGGUCCACGAAUGACUGCUGCUGAACCAGUGGAGUUACCAGCCAAUUUCCGCUGCACGUAUACUAUAAAGGCUCCUCUUAACUCAACUAAUGGGAUUUAUGCUUAUGUGGAAUUAAGAAAUGGGAUAAGAGGAGUUAAUGAUUACAUUACUGUGAUUGAUACAACUGGAUUCAAAUACCGUUUUAACAACCGAAGUGAGCGUUUCUAUCAGUUUUUUGUUAUACCCGGGCGUGAAAUGUCGGUCGACGUUAUAACUAAAACUAAAUUUGGAUCAACUAAAUCAAUGGAAACUGAAAAUAAAAUGAAUUUUGUUAACUUGGCAGAUCUGAGAUCUAAUUACUGGUACGACAAGGGGUUCUCGAGUUCAGUUACAUAUAUUGGGGAGGAACCGAUUUAUCUGACUCUUGCAUCUCCUGCAGAUAUACCUUACGAAUAUCUGUGCAGCUGUUUUCUUAUCGAUGGAAAUAUUUAUAAUCAGACAAAUGUUCGACGUUUAGCUGACUUUCUCUACUAUGAGACAUUCACUUCAACCACAAAUUCCAUAACUAUUUUAUCCUUUUGGACGGAAUACGGUGAUGAUUAUGGUGUAGUUCUCAAUCCUCUGUCGGAAUCUCUUCAGUUUGCAAGUCUUGUUUCUAUGGGAAGUUCAACUGAUGAUCCAAAUACAAUCUAUUUGAAUCAGAGAAAUGAGAAAGAAGCGGUUGAAAUAAUUGAUUUUUAUACAGAAGAAAUCACCAUGACAUCGCUGAAAAUUGAUAGUCUUCCCGGAGAGUGUUCGGCAUAUGCAGUAACUGGGCCUCCGAACAACUCAUCAACAAUUAUUCUUGACUUGACGACAUCGGAACAUCUCAUACCAUACACAUUCAAAAUGAAAUACUUCUCAGUGAUAUACCAGAAUUGCACAUUGAGUUUCACUAUUCGUUCUCCAUUUGUUCCCCUAAAAGUUUAG